ACACACACACUCACGACCACAGACACACACUCACUCUCUUUCAGCAGCGGCUCCUCACGAUGGCAGCUCCCAACAAAGUGUGCAUCAUCGGCUCUGGAAACUGGGGUUCUGCCAUUGCCAAGAUCGUGGGUGCCAAUGCCACGCAGAAUCCAAAAUUCGAUGACACCGUCAAAAUGUGGGUGUUCGAGGAGAUGGUGAACGGGCGCAAGCUGACGGAAGUAAUCAACACUGACCACGAGAAUGUGAAGUACCUGCCCGGUCACACGCUUCCAGCAAAUGUGCUGGCCGUCCCCGACCUGGUGGAGGCGACCAGUGACGCGGACAUCCUGGUGUUUGUGAUCCCGCACCAGUUUGUCGGGAAAGUGUGCGACACCAUAAAGGGGAAGAUCAAGAGCGACGCACUGGGGAUUUCUCUCAUCAAGGGCGUGGACGAAGGACCCGAUGGACUUAGACUCAUCUCUGACGUGAUCCAGGAGAAGCUCGGCAUCAACAUGAGUGUGCUGAUGGGCGCCAACAUUGCCAACGAGGUUGCUGACGAGAAGUUUUGUGAGACCACCAUCGGAUGUAAGAAUAAAAACCACGGUGCUCUCCUGAAGGAACUCAUGCAGACCAACAACUUCAGAGUCACUGUAGUGGAGGAGUACGACGUGGUGGAAAUCUGUGGAGCCCUGAAGAACAUCGUGGCGGUCGGGGCAGGUUUCUGUGACGGUCUGGGCUUCGGGGACAACACCAAGGCAGCAGUGAUCAGACUGGGCCUGAUGGAGAUGAUUGCCUUUGCGCGCAUCUUCUGCACCGCUGGGCGCGUGUCCUCUGCAACCUUCCUGGAGAGCUGCGGCGUGGCCGACCUCAUCACGACCUGCUACGGCGGCCGCAACCGCAAAGUAGCAGAGGCGUUUGUGAAGACCAAGAAGUCCAUUGAGGAGCUGGAGAAAGAGAUGCUGAACGGCCAGAAGCUGCAGGGACCAGCGACAGCAGCUGAGGUCUAUCUCAUCCUCAAACACAAAGACCUCAUUGACAAGUUCCCGCUGUUCAAUGCAGUGUAUCAGAUCUGCUACCAGGACCAACCAGUCACAGAGUUCAUACGCUGUUUGCAGAACCACCCGGAGCACAUGUAACAGAACAACCAAACUGACCAAGUGCCUUCUGUUUAUCUCAACUGUAUGUUCAGCUCGGUUUUGACCACUUUGUUCUUAACAUUCAGUUUUUGACGUCUUAAAGUGCUUCAUUCCCUGACUCACACUGAAACUUGAAAGAUAGUUGUUGGGACCGUAUAUGAUGGUCCAACUACUUUUUGUUUUUGCCUGAGAAAUUCUUCUGGUGCCAGAUGAAAUCAAAAUGCAUGAUGUUCGUUUUAAAACAGGAAUCCACAUCCACGUUAUGGUUAACGCAUGUCUUUCUCGGACCAUAAAUGUUCAUCAGUAAACUGACAAUGUUGAUGUGGCAUCAUUACAUCACGCAUUCUGAUUUCCACAGGCCCACUCCUCAGGGCAUGGUACCUCAUCUCAAAUAGGUGUUGCCGUCCAGUGAGCGCCGUGUCCAUCAUCUCUACAAGUUAUUUAAUCGUAGAUGUAAUACCUCACUUUGUGUCUUACAUAAUUCACUGAUAUUUCCUGUCUUGUACUGUAUUAUUAACAAACUGUCGAUCGCACACAGCAACCGUUUUAAUAUGAUGAACAUGCGAGUAAGUGCCUUUAGAUGCACGGUUGCUACAUCUUGGACGUUGUCUCAUUUAGUAUUUUGGGUCAAACCAAAGACUUACAGCAUCUACUUAACGUCCGUCCACUUUGCCUUUUGUUACUGUGAACCUGCCUGACCCGUUUAUCAGUUAUGAGUUAUUGUGUUGGAAAUAUGUCAACUUCUGUCUGUGAAUAAAUUAAAUCUGUCAUCA